CUGCUGGAGGAAAAUAAUUCAUCUGACAGCAAAGAUGCAGUGGAGUCUGAUUCUGCUCUUCCUGAUGGCUCAGUGUUGUUUCAUGGACUGUCAGCUCUAUCAGUUUUACUACAAUAAUGAAGCAAAGACCUGGACUGAAGCUCAGCAGUACUGCAGAGAGAAACACACUGACCUGGUCACAGUGACUAACAUGAAGGACAUGAAGAGACUCAUCAACAUCUCAGCUGGAGAUCAGAGCGGAGCCUGGAUUGGUCUGUAUGAUCAAACACAUGGUAACAGAACUUGGUGCUGGUCUCUGCCUGGAGUGGAGUUUAAUGAAAGUGAGACAAACUGGAACCCAGGAGAACCGACUGAUAAUGGAAAUCAAGUAACACAUGAGAACUGUGUGAUGGUGAAUAAAAAUCUCAAAUGGAUAGACACCAGCUGCCUUAAUCAACAUAAUUUCCUUUGCUCUGAUGAAACUAAUACAACCCAUAAAUAUCACUUGAUUGAAGAGAUGAAGUCCUGGCAGGAAGCUCAGAGUUACUGCAGAGAGAAACACACAGACCUGAUCAGUGGAACGAAGCAGCUACAGGAUGAAGAAGUGAAGAAAUUGAUGAACUCUACAAGUGAUUCCUCAUACAUUGGUCUGUUCAGAGACACCUGGAGGUGGUCAGAUGGAAGCAGUUUCUCUUUCAGACACUGGAAUAAAAACUUUAACAAUCCAGAAACCAACAGUGGUCAAUGUGCCAUGACUAAGUUUGAUGGUGAAGGCAGAUGGACGAAUGUGAACUGUGGUAAUACAAAACCCUUCAUCUGUUAUGAUGAUGAAUUGAUCCUGAUUAAAGAAAAUAAAACCUGGGAGGACGCUUUAGACCACUGCAGAGGUCACCACCAUGACCUGGUCACCAUCACCAACAUGGAUGACCAGAAACGAGUUCAGAAAGAAGCCAAGAAGGCCUCGACUGGAUACGUCUGGAUGGGACUGAGCUACGCCUGCACUCUGGAUCUGUGGUUCUGGGUCAGUGAUGAGGUUGUCAGCUAUAAGAACUGGGCCAAAGGUCAACCGAUGGACGACUGUGACAUGUCUGGAGCCAUGGAGACGGGAGGGAACCAUCAGUGGUUCAAAAGAAAUGAUGCUGAAAAGUUUAAUUUCAUCUGUUCUAAGAAAAAAAUCUCGCACAGUCCCUAGUAAGGAGCUGUUUAUUCUGUCUACAAUAUUAUAUACUGCAGCUUUAUUUUUUGUUAAUUAAGUUUAAAUUUUUUGUGGGGUGUGAAAAAUGUCCAUACAUUAAAUCUAAUUAGAUUAUCUGUUGUGAGCUUAUUAGAGUGAAUGUCUUGCUUUGCGUUGUGAUCCUUCAUGUACAUGUAUGUUUUCCUUCAGUAAUAAAGCCUUUAAACCUGC